AUGGCUCCAGUUCCAGAGAAUCGGGAAUUCCCCAGCAUUCCAGCUGUGGGAGCUGCCGGGCUCUAUGUUCGGGAUGUCAGCAAUGAGGACACCCUCGACACCUCGCCCUCUCUCAAUAUUAUAUCUCAUCCCCUCGCUGCUCGUGCCGACUCGACAACAACCAAACAAACCCCAGUCCGUGGAGCGGGAACAGUCGACCCACACAGUAUAAAGAUGCAAGGUCUGAUGGCUCUGUUCGCUAUUAUUGGAGCACUAUUUGUCCUGGGCGCAAUCUGGUUCUUCUUUUGGGCCAAGAAUGGUGGAUUUGUGUGGCGGAAGGGCGAUUGGGAUGACUACAAGUCCACUGUCCUUCGACGGAAAGGACCCGACGGAAAGACUCUCAGUAAUGCUACUAAGAGUACCAAGCUUGGUGGUGGAAGUGUGGUUGGCAAGGGCUACACCGACGAUGGAUACUCAUUCACCAAUGAAACAUACACCGACACAGCGACAACCGUUACGGAAGAGAAACCCCGACGCAAGCGAUUCAGAGAAACCGCGAAGGAGAAGCUUCUCCGCCGCAACAAGCACGAGCAAUGGGAAGGCGCCGAUGAUGCCGACGUGCGCGCAUACCGUGAAGAAAAACCUGCUCGCAUUGGUGGCAUGAACCGUGAAGCAGACGGAACCUAUCACGGCAGUGACUACGACACCUCCGCCCCGCCAACCUCCUACCAACAAAGCGAGAUGAGCCAAGCCCACGACUUUGCCUACGAUCCACCUCGCCGUCAACGCCGCGAUCCCUCCGGAUUCUCAUUCACAGAGGGCAGCGAGGACGUCAUCAGCCACACAACCGAAGAGCGCCGCGUCCGCGACCCAUCCACCCGCCGUCACAACCGCCGUCGUGACCGUCGCAGCCAGGUCGGACCACCUCCCGCUCCAUCAUCUCGGACCAGCAGUCCCCGCAAGCAGGACCGCCGCUCCCAACCCCACCCUCCAGGCCAUUUCACCGAGCCGCUUGAUUUCUCAUCGGCUGGUUCUCGCUCUGAAUACCAGUACUCCAAUGUCGACACCGAAGACUCUGGCACAAAGAGUUACAAGCACCCUAUUCCCGGGUUAACCAAGGGCUACCGUCGCGAUGGACGUAGCCGUCGUCGUGACAGUCUGAGUGACAGCGAAGGCGAGACUCAGUAUUCGUAA